CACUCCCAAAUCCCCGACCAAGAAACAAAAAGAAAGUUAAAACAAGAAAUAUGUCUUCUAAUCAGAGUUUCAAUGCAGGUGCAACUAAAGGCCAUGCACAGGCCAAAACACAGGAGUGGGUAGAGUCUGCCAAGGGCACAGCUCAAUCGGCAAGGGACAAGACAGCAGAUGCAGCUCAAUCUACUUCUGACUCUGCCCAACUGAAAAAGGAGGAGGCAUCUGGCUUCCUUCAACAGACUGGAGAACAGAUGAUAAACAUGGCACAAGGUGCAAUGGACAGCGUCAAGAGUACACUUGGAGUUGGUGACAAUAACCCACACAACAAAUAAUUUGACCUUUUUGUAUCCCUUUUUCUUACCUAUUCAUGCUUAUAUGUCUGUGUAUUUCCUAUCUUUGUUGGCGGGUUUCUGUAUUUCAUGAGAGAUUUGUCAUAUUCAACAAAUUUAUUGAUCUAUGCUUCUUUUUUUUUCUUCGA